UACGAACUCGAGCAUCAUGAAGACUGUGGCGAUACUAUUUCUACUAAGUACCUGUGGUAUCUUUGCCAAGCAAGCCCAGGAAAAAGAAGACAAACAAACCAAACGCUGGGCCACAGGUGAAUCUCUGGGAUACGGAUCUGAACUAUCUUCUGAUCAAGGCUGGAAUUCGCAGAAUUCGGCUCUCUCCCUUGGAUCAAAUUCAGAACAAUCGCACUUUUCGAACUUGGGACACUCCUAUGGAUCAAACUCAAACCAAGGAUUAUCUCUUGAAUCGAAUUCAGGAUUCUCCCUUGGAUCGAAUUUGGGUCAGAACCCCCAUUCAUUAGGGCAAUCCCUUCAGUAUAACUUGGGAAAUUUUGCUGAUCUUGGACAAACUGUAACCCACAAUACUGAAAGAGUGGCUAUCCAAGUCCCACAGCCCUAUCCAGUUCACGUUGAGCGUAGAGUACCAGUACCGGUAGCACAUCCAGUACCAGUGCCAGUGGACCGUCCUUACGAAGUACCAGUGCCAAGACCUUACCAGGUCACAGUAGAGAGGCAUGUACCAGUCACAGUCGACAGACACAUUCCAGUACCUGUGAGAGUCCCAGUACAUGUACAGGUUCCAGUACCGGUUAGAGUAGCAGUACCACGACCAUACACUGUGACCGUGCCCGAACCAGUACCAGUUCGAGUACCUACACCAAUUUUUGUUAGAGAAAACGUACCAGUAUCAGUUGCCUCUGGUUGGAAUUCCAAUAAUCAAUGGGAUGAUGCCAGUUCGGAUUUGGUUCAGAUCAGAUUAUCUGAACCAAAUGGUUGGUCUUCUGGAUCUAAUGGGUGGUCUUCUGGAUCAUCUAGUUGGUCUGGAUCUUCUGGCUCUCAAGGAUGGUCUGGUGCUUCAGGAUCACCUGGAUCAUCCACAUGGUCCAAAUCUUCUGGAUAGACUAGAUCUUCUGGUUGGUCUGAUUCUUCGAGAUGGUGAAAUAUGUUUUGUACC